AUGAACAAUGAGACUCGACGGCGGUCUCUUCGAGGAGGAGGAGAGAAGCAGCCUGCUGCUGACGUGUAUGACUUUGACGCGUACCUGCGUACGGGGGUGUCUGAGCAGCUGACCAUGGAAGUUGUGUCCGAGGUUCCUGUGGGUGCACGGCUUCGACACAAUCCCGAGCUGGACGAUUUCCGAGGCAGGAUUGAGCAGUAUCCGGUGAAUCUUGUGGAUCUGCGGGCCAGCAAAGGGCGACGCAAGCCUGCAAAGGUGCAUGUUGAGCCCGGCAAGCGGAAAAAGGACCCGUUGGAGUCCAAGUUCUUUGAAGCGUUCCAUAGCAGAGGAGAGAAGGAGGAAAAGCGAUUUGCACGGGAAGACCGCAACAAGCUUGUUCGCGAGUACCAGAACUGCAAGGAGGCACUAAAGAAGUUUGGGGAAACGCGCGGUGCGCCCAGAGGAGACAGACUGAAGUAUCUGACGGAGGUGACAAAAAUUAACAAUAUCCAGGACCCUGUAGAGGUCCAGAUCAAGUUCAUGCUGACAAUCAAGGAGCUGAUCCAUUUUGCGAUGAACUACGACAAGUUUAAACGUCGGGAAGCCGAUUUGAAGGCCACUUUGGAAGCCGACCGUUGGGACGAGCCGGACGGAGACAUUACGGAAAUACGAGCUCGCAGAAAACGACGGAUGAUCCGAAACCACGGGCCUGUGAUCCGGGUGAAGUUUCUGAACGGUGUCACGCUGGAGCUGGACCCCAUGGGCCGCGCAAAAAUACGUAAGUUAUGA